AUGACUCUCGUCUGUCGGGAUUGGCGCGACCUCAUUAUCGACACUCCGACUUUGUGGCAAGAGUAUUCGGGAGUCAGCUUGCCUUGGCUUCAUCUCUGCCUUAUUCGGUCUGCCCCCGCUCCUGUUGACGUUACCUACUGGUCUUCGACGACUUUCCUGCCUAUGACGGUAGACAUUGGCCCGAACGUUCAUGGCACCGUCAUGCCAUUUGACAUACUGGUGCCUCAUGCUGAUCGCAUCCGCCGUCUUCACAUGGUCUGUGGUGACUUCUUCCUGAGUGGCCUCGCAAGCAUGCUCGCCACCGGUCGGAAUUUCGCCAUGGUAGAAGAUCUUGGCUUGUAUGAAUGGACGCGCGACUCUGUGGAUAUGCCGAGCGUAUUCCCACAUGUGCGCUCGCUCACUGUGGAUCUUAGUACUAUUGACCUGUCAGCUCCAAAACGUCUGACGCGGUUGACGAUACGAAACGCAUUCACGUCACCGAAUGGUCUGCCCGACUGCUUGUUGACCAAGCUCCUCGACAUGCUGGAGGAUUCGCCGGAACUCGAACAUUUGGAAAUCACUCAGUCAGAGGAGUCUUCCGAAAUUAAGACCCUGGUGCUGGAGGAGGCUGCAGCUCAUGUCCAGUUGAUUCUGUCCUUAAUCAUCCUUCCAGAGACCACCAGCAUCACUGCACUGGCGCAGAAUGGCCCGCAUGUUCAACAUUCUGUGGAUGGCCAAUCAUUCAGUGCGAUGGUCCCUCGCCUCGAUGAUUGGCAUCUCUGCUCAAGGAGCAUAAGUACGCUGGAGUUGGAGAUCCGUGACCGAUUGAUCAUAAAAUCGGUCGGACUGAAGGUAUACGAAGGAGGUUCUUAUAAUCCGCGACUUGAUCUGCGGUGUUGCCAACCGCAUCUUUUCCCGGAGAAGCGGCUGAUGGAUGUCGCAGUUGUUCUCGGUGCCUGUGAAGUGCACACGCUCAGGAUACUGACGGACUCUGAGCUCGCUGAAGAGGACUGGGCUUGGACGCUCAAAACAUGUCGAUCUCUGGAGCACCUUGAAAUCAUCAUCCAUGGCUCUUCCUCCCUCGACCCGCUGUUUCGUUCGCUUGAGCAAUCUACGUCUUCCCUUGUCGCCGACGACGUACCUUGGUGCGGCCUGAAGACGAUCACAGUGAUGAACGGGACAAGACAACAAACCAGUUCCAGCGUGAUGGAAUUCGGUGUUCCCCGCCGGUCAUUCUGGAAUGUCUCCGCCGCCGCACAGCCAGGAGUUCGAAGUUGGAACGUCUCGUGUUGCCUUGGAAUGCAGCUUGCGCGAUAUUUGCGGAAGAAGACAUUACGGAGGCUAUCAAAUCGCUCGUAG